GAUACAGGAUGGGUGGUGUUUGUUGUUGACACUUGACAGAUAUGAACUGAUAACACAAGCAAUGUGGAAUGCAUUCAUUUUCCUGUACCUGUAAAGUAAAAUUAAAAGUAACAAAUAAAUAAAUUCCUGGAACAGACACCUCCUAACUAGGCAGAAUGGUUUAUCACUGGCAGUCCCACAAUGUUAAGCUUUCAGGAGUGGAUGAUAUGGUGUUACUGCCGAAAAUUACAGAAGAUUCUAUUGUGGAAAACCUGAAGAAACGUUAUAUGGAUGAUUACAUCUUUACAUGUAUUGGCCCAGUUCUUGUAUCAGUUAAUCCAUUCAAACAGAUGCCAUAUUUUGGAGAGAAAGAAAUAGAGAUGUAUCAGGGAGCAGCACCAUAUGAAAACCCGCCACACAUCUAUGCAUUAGCUGAUGAGAUGUACAGAAACAUGUUAAUAGAUAAUGAAAAUCAGUGCGUAAUAAUCAGUGGAGAAUCUGGUGCUGGGAAGACCGUUGCUGCCAAGUACAUUAUGUCCUACAUUGCCCGUGUAUCAGGUGGUGGCCAGCGUGUGCAGCACAUAAAAGAUGUCAUUCUUGAAUCAAAUCCCCUCCUUGAAGCCUUUGGCAAUGCUAAAACUGUCCGCAAUAACAACUCUAGCAGAUUUGGAAAGUAUGUAGAAAUUUUAUUUGGAAAUGGUGGCCAACCGGAAGGUGGACGUAUAUCUAACUUCUUACUUGAAAAGUCCAGAGUGACUACUCAAAAUGCUGGUGAAAGGAAUUUUCACAUUUUUUAUCAGCUAUGUACUGGGGCUUCAAACAAUAUGAAACGUGAUUUUGGACUGGAAUCAUUAGACUACUACACAUACCUCAGCUAUGGUGGGAACCAUAAAGUUGAUGGAACGAAUGAUGCUCAUGAUUUCCAGGAAACAUUGAAAGCAAUGAGUGUAAUGGGCAUGGCAGAAAACCUCCAGACUGAUGUUUUUCGUGUUGUGGCUGGUGUUCUUCAUCUAGGGAAUAUUAUGUUUGAAGAACGAGGGAAUUAUGCACAAGUUUCUGACAACAGAUAUCUUGAUUUCCCUGCCUACCUGUUCCAGGUAGAUCAAGGACAUCUAAAUAACAAGUUAAUAAGCCGACGCUUUGAUAGCAAGUGGGGCAGUCAGUCAGAUACCAUUGAUGUUACGUUGAAUGUGGAGCAGGCUGUGUAUACUAGAAAUGCUUUAGCCAAGGGUGUAUAUGCAAGGCUGUUUGAUUUUCUAGUCAAGUGUGUGAAUAGUGCAAUGGAAACAACUGUCACAGGCCAGAGCAUAGGAAUAUUAGAUAUAUAUGGAUUUGAGAUCUUCGAACGGAAUGGGUUUGAGCAGUUUUGCAUCAAUUUUGUGAAUGAGAAACUACAACAGAUUUUCAUCGAGUUAACAUUGAAGGCUGAACAGGAGGAGUACAUGUCUGAGAACAUACAGUGGACACCCAUAGACUACUUUAAUAACAAAGUAGUGUGUGAUUUAAUAGAAAGUAAACGGCCACCUGGACUAUUUUCUGUUAUGGAUGAUGUGUGUGCAACAAUGCAUGCUGUAUCAGAAGGUGUGGAUCAAGAUUUGCAAAAGAAAUUAACAAAUGCAUCUGCAGGACACCAACACUACCAGUCCUGCAAAGAAGGUUUCAUUAUUCAUCACUAUGCUGGAAUUGUUAGCUACAGCAUUGAAGGCUUUUGUGAUCGUAAUAGAGAUGUCCUAUUUCCUGACUUAAUCGAGCUGAUGCAGUCAAGUAAAAAUGAAUUUUUGCGUAGCUUGUUUCCCGACCAGAUAAGUACUAGUGCAAAGUCUCGACCAACAACAGCUGGGAGCAAGAUUAGAGCACAAGCAAAUGCAUUAGUUGAUGAACUGAAAAAAUGCACACCACAUUAUAUCAGAUGUAUAAAACCAAAUGAAACCAAACGACCACGAGAUUGGGAGGAGCUGAGGGUAAAACAUCAGGUGGAAUAUCUUGGACUGAAAGAAAAUAUACGUGUCAGGCGUGCUGGUUUUGCUUAUCGGCGACCAUUCAGAAAAUUUCUGAACAGGUAUGCAAUAUUGACCAAAGAAACAUGGCCACAUUGGAAAGGUGAUGAGAAACAGGGUGUUGAGGUAAUCAUGAAGAGUGUCAACAUGGAAAGAAACCAGUAUCAGCUGGGUAUUAGUAAAGUUUUCAUCAAAGCUCCUGAAUCAUUAUUUAUGCUGGAAGAACUUAGAGAGAGAAGGUACAAUCAGUAUGCAAGGGUUAUCCAGAAGGCAUUUAAGAAAUAUUUUGCCCGUAGACAGAAUGAGAAACAGAAAAAUGAAGCUGCAGAAUUAGUUUUUGGAAAGAAGGAAAGGAGACGUUAUUCACCGAAUAGGAAUUUUGUGGGUGAUUAUAUUGGAUUGGACCUACGACCUUCUCUACAGAAUCUUGUUGGUCGCAGAGAAAAAGCUGCAUUCGCUGAAGUGGUUAAGAAAUAUGACAGGAGGUUUAAGCCCGUACGCCGUGAUCUGGUACUGACGUCACAUUCAUUAUUUCUUAUUGGAAGAGAGCAAGUGAAAAAGGGUCCAAACAAAGGAAAAUAUGUUGAAAUUAUCAAACGGAAGCUCAACUUGGAAAAUAUAAGUCAUGUUUCUCUUAGUACUUUUCAGGAUGAUUUUAUAAUCAUUCAUAUGAAAGAGGAGUAUGACAGCUUCUUGGAAAUGGUGUUCAAAACUGAAUUUUUAACUACUUUGAACAAAAAGUUUCAAGCCCAUUUAGCACGAAACUUGCACAUAAAAUUUUCAAAUCUCCUCGAAUUUAAAGUGAAGAAGGAAGGAUGGGGUGGAGGCGGUGUUCGACAGGUGAAAUUUGUGUCAGCAGCUGUAGGUGACAUGGCAGUACUAAAACCUUCAGGAAAGACACUUACAGUGCUCAUAGGUCAUGGUUUACCAAGUAACACAAAACCGGAUGUACGGCAUUCGGUGAUGGUACAAGGUCAGCGGAAUUUACCUUCAAGAAUGCCUACGAAACCACCGCCUAAUUACCCAGCACCAGCCCUGCCUGCAUCAGCAACACCAGCAACUAGGCGGCAAGCUCCGGCACGACCUCCUGCACCUACCACAGCACCUUCUCAAGCCACUACACCCAUACGUGCACCUUUUCCUCUUCCUGUGUCAGCAGCCGCACAGAAAGUACCUCAAAAUGCACAACAGACACGCCGGGCACAAAUCAGACCACCUCCACCGCCAAGUGAGCCGGCUCCCCCAGACCAACCUAUUGUACGGCCAGGCUCGAGGCUGCAAGCUGUCAGUAAAACAGCUGCUGCCAAAACUAAUCAGGCAGGUGGAGUCAGGGUGUUCCCAGGUGCUGGUCAGCUGAAACAAGAGAUGAAAAGUCCUGUACCAAAUGAAAAUGCUAGUUUCAUGAGAACACCAGAAGCUGGAGUUGCUGGCCAGAAGAGAGCAUCAGUCAAGCCUGUCCCUGGUGGGGGGAAACCAAAACCACCAGCCAAACCCAAGAAGCAAGUAAAAGCAAUGUAUGAUUAUUCAGCGCAGGAUUUAGAUGAGUUGUCAUUCCAGGAAGGUGACAUCAUUGAAGUAAUUAAAGAAUUUGAUGGAGGUUGGUGGCUGGGGCGGCUGGGUGAACUCCAAGGACUGUUCCCUGCUAAUUAUGUUGAAAAAAUGUGAUGUUUGACUGUUUGUUAGUAUUAACACAUGCAAGCUGAAUACUGAAGUAACAAUUUUCCCUGCUGCUUGGAAAAAUAUUCGCAUUAUGCGCUGUUGUGAUUGUGUGAAAGUCAUUAUCUUGUUGGUGUGCAAAGUAACUGACAUUUAUUGUGAUGAUAUAUUAGGCAUGUGAAUGAUUUUUGAAUGUGGGACUCUUCACAGUAGCUAAAUAGUAUUAAAAUUUUAUUCAGUAUGUUUGUCCCAACGGGAGUUGUUUCCAGCAGGUGAACAGGCAAAUGUGUUUACUGUCUACAGGAACAUAAUCAAUCACUGCCAUUUUAUGUAAGAUUUAUUCAGUAUUCUAGUUAAGAAUUCCAGUGAAAAUGGAUAGUAAUAUUCCAAUCUAAUGUUUCUAACAUUGGAAAAUAGCAAAUUUUUUUCUGUGAUGAUGAAUGUUUACAAAAAUGAGAACAUUUUCUGGUUAUCAGAAGCUGUUCAUAAAAAGAUAUAAAAAAGUGUGAUUCUGAUUAUAGCUCAUCAUUACAACUUUUGGUAAUUUCAUCUCUUUACACCCACUGGAAGUGUUUCCUGACUGCAGCAAUCAUUAUGGAUCUUGUGAAAUCCAAGCAUUAUGCACAGUUUAUUUAGUAAAACAUAUUCAGUUGUGUAAUACAGAUUGAAUAUGGCUUAGUGUGUUACAUCACACUUAUUUGGUAACAACAGGUUGUGAUUAUAGACUGUGAUGAUCUUCCUUCCUCCUACUCCUCCUCACCCUCUCUCUGCCUCCCCCCUGCCCCCCCUUUUUUAAAGGAGUAUACAUGAACAUUCCUUCUCUGCAUUUGCCUGUUCUGCCAAAUGCCAUUCAUAAGAAGAAGCAUUCAUGCACAUGCCUAAUGCUCAAGUUUGAAGGGUGUGGAAAAUAUAUUUUAUACACAUAUGUUGUUCUUUCUUUCAGCUACGUCUUAGCUGAAAUCAGAAAGUGAUAAAUUGUGGCUGUUUUCCUUGUAGUUAUGUUGAUAAUGUGAUACAGUAUAAGUGUUUUAAAAAUUAUAUUUUAAACUGCAAAUAAUUAUGUCUUUAACAUAUUGCUAAAGGUUGUAGGUUCCAUUUUAUACACAGUGUGGUUAUUCACAUGCAUUGAGUACAAAGGAAGUACUUGUAGAACAUAUUAAUGUUGUCCAUAUUUUCAGAGUUAGUAGAAUUUGUGAUUAUAUUGUUUUUUACAUGUUGCAUACAAUGUUUCAUUGUAUUCAUCAAAGAAGCUGUCACAGCAACAUAUGCAAGAGCUUCAACAAGUACCAAAAAGAAAGUGAGAUGUUUGUAUACAAUUAUUGUUAGAUUUUUGUAUAAAGCUGUUAUCUAUUAUGUGAAAGGAUUUGUAGCAAAAAGAUGUAGGCUAAAAUAAUCAGAAAAAGUGUGUGUGUGUCUAAAAUAAUCAGAAAAAGUGUGUGUGUGUGUGUGUGUGUGUGUGUGUGUGUGUGAGACAGAGAGAGAGAGAGAGACAGAGAGAGAGAGAGAGAGAGAGAGAGAGAGAGAGAGAGAUGAGGUGGGGGAGUUUAUACUUUACCUUUUUGGGUAUGGAAUUUGUAACUGAAAAAUGACUGAUGAAAAAUUUCUAGUUUCUCUCCUCUCUGAAAUUGGUAUUUACUUAUCAAAACUAUGUUAUUUUAUCUUCAAGGUAUCUGUUUUCGUAUCCAAAUGCUAGGAAUUUUACACUCCUUAUUUUCAGAUGGAAUGCUUAAACAAUAAGGUCAUGAAUUUUUGUAUAAUUUUUGUACGUCUGAACUUAACUUAUUUUUUAUUUUUACAGUAUGUCAUCAGAAACAUAGUUGUGCUUUUAUUGUGACUUCAUUCUUAUUUUUUUAUUAGUAGUUUUGUCUGUUCCAAAAACUGUGUUUAUAUUGAAUGUGCUGAGAAAAGACAUUAUUGCCAUAUUCAUUAUUUAUUAAAUUAUUUUGUAAGUGCUUUAUGUGUCUCUCCAAAGUAUUACCUGUAUGUGUUACUCUGGUACUGUUUGUGAAAUUUCCAUCCUAGUUUUGUAUAUAACCUGGCUACUUUUAUAUGUGUUACAUUUACAGUUCAUUUACUUGUAUUUACAUUUGUCUGAAUGUUAUCAGUAAUGCAAGGUACUGGGGUAUCAUUCAUCAGUGCAGACAGAAAUUAAAUGUGUGUGUGAGAAAGAGAGAUUGAAAGGGGGAGAGGGGCAAGACAGAUAAUCAUUUUCAUUAUUAUGAUAAUGGACUAGUUGCAUAGAAAUGUUUGCACUCCGCACCUAUGCGAGAUAAAGGGAAAAUUUAGUUAGUAUCCCAAUUUGAGAUAUUGUCCUGUAUCACCAUAGUUCCUUUUCCUUGCCUUCUGUUGUUUAAUAACUUCCUGUUCUCUCUCUUAAUUUUGGACCUAUUUGGUGUUUCAUUUAUGUUGAUUCAUUGUAGUCCUGCCUAUAACAAGAGAGCAGAAGCGUACCGCACUUCUUUUUGAUAAACCAUUUGUAAAUAUUUGUGCUCUGCUGAUCUCAGAGUGUUCUUACUCUCUUUUUAAAAACAAUUAAUGAAAGUUCCUGUGUCUCACAAAUCUUUGCUAUGUGCCAAUGUAUUUAUUGGUUCUAUGUUGAAAUUGCCGUCUGUCUUUUUUUAGCUGUAAUUCUUAUAUUAGAAAGUAGUCUUGUGUUAAUUCCAAGAAAUUUUACAGUACAGGUGAAUAUUCAUAGUUCUCUGUCUGUGUGUAAACAAAGCAGUUGCUCAUGUUUUAGUAGCAGAAGCCCAUGUAUUUCUCUCUUUGUCUCUAGUUGAUUUUUGAGUCAUUCAUGUGGCAUAUUUUGUAACAUUGUCACAGCUUUAAGUUAAACUUUCGUAUUUCAUCAUGUUAGAUUUUACAGUUAUUUUAAAUAUAUUUGAAUGUAAUGUGAUACUUGAAAAAUAUGUGGAAUAAAGUUUAAUAUAUAACACAUUUUACGUUUUUGUCAGAAUUAGGAUUACAUGCCACAAUGAGUUCAUUCAUAGUAAAAAUAAAAUAAAAUUCAGGAUAAACACUGUGCCUUUAAGACAAUCAGUUGUGUGAAGUUUUGGAAAUUCAUAUGACAAUUAGCUUGUUUUACAUAGUAGAUAUACUGUCCGCCUGUGUACCCUGCCAGAUUUGCUCACGAGAACAGUAUAUUUAAGAGUAGGUUUAUAUGAAUGAAAUAAAAUGUUUAUUACAGACCCAUAAUGUCUAAUGUAUUGUUGUGCUUAUUUUCCAAGUAAUAACUCACUUUUAUUUCAUAAUUGUUGUUGAGUAGGUUAGAGCAAGUUAUCACACAGUACUGCAGCUGUCACUUUUGAAGUUGAAGAGUUUUGUUGUGCCAAGAUUGGAUGUUGUGUUACCAUAAUUGAAAAAAAAUGUGCAGUUAAAACAGUUUUCUAUAACAUAAACAACUAAUUUGUAAAAAUGAAGAA